UGGGAAUCUGGGUUACUUAAACUGCCAUGGGGGACUUCUAAUGCCUAUGAAUUCAUGCCUUCUGUCAUUGCUUCUAGACCUAGAGUUGAGAUUGGUGGUGAGGACAUGAGGGAUGCAUGUACGCUGAUCAUGACAGACCCUGAUGCUCCAAGCCCUGGUGAUCCAUACUUGAGAGAACAUCUCCACUGGAUGGUCACUGACAUUCCUGGCACAGCUGGUAUUGUUUCCUUUGGAAAGGAAAUUGUGCUCUAUGAGACUCCAAAACCUGUGGCUGGUAUCCAUAGAUAUGCGUUCAUCUUAUUUAAGCAGAGGGGAAGGCAAACUGAGAGGCAACCAGCUUCAAGAGACUGUUUCAACACUAGAAGGUUUUCUGGAGACAAUGGAUCGGACCUGCCAGUAGCAGCAGUGUACUUUGAUGCACAGAGAGAAACUGCUGCAAGAAAAAGGUGAUGAAUGAUCAAGAGAGUAAUAG